CUCGGUUCAAUGGAUUCGAUGUAAUACAACCAAUUCGACGUAAUAUCAACACUGUUCUGAGCAAUGCAUGCCUUCGGGCUCUCUGUCCCGCUUUGCCUAUGACCGCCGCCACCACCUCAGUCCCACAGUGCACUCACACGGCACAGAAAGACGGUGGUGAUGGUGGUGUUCUGAGACAGAAGUCAGGCCAGUGAGCUGCCGGGAGGUGUCCAAUGCAACAACAUGACAGACAGACUGAGGGUCGCAUGUCGAGCAGAUACACAGGGCCGGUCUGUCUGUCUGUCUGGUGUGGGUGUGGGUGUGGGUGUUGCUUGCUUCCUUUGGUCUGUCCUCUCUGUCCUGCGGCCGCCGCCCCGCCACCGACCCAUCACACACGAUGCCACGCGUGGGAUGGAGGGGUGGCGUGACGAGUCCGAAGGACUGCGAGAGGGACAGACGAAAGGCAACCCGGACCACAGCAACGAGGCACUUCUGUACAGUCCACACGUAAAUGCUGGCCUUCGGCUCGCUUCAUAAAAGAUUACUCCACUCGCGAAUCCAUGUGAUCAUCUUGGGCACUCACUGGUCUGUCUGUCUGUCUGUCCCCACACGUGUGCUAUGCGUACAGUCCCGAGUGCGAGGCGUGUCGCUGCUGCACGCGCUUGGCCACCUCAUCGAAGUCCUGCCGGUCAAUCGGCAGGGAGUGACGACACACUGCACCCAUCCAUCCAUCCAUCCAUCAUCCACCCACCACAACAGACAACAGAAGUAAGCAACGAACAACCAUCAUCCACCAUCCACCAUUCGUCCCACACUCACUUGGGCAGGUGUUGUGGCGCUCGAGCCAGAGGAGGAGGCAGUCGUAGUGGAACAUGUGUUCGCAGGGCAUCUCCUUGGCCUUGCCGCCCUUGACGAACUCCUCGUGGCAUAUGGCACACGUCGGCAUCGAACCGUCAGCAAAUGGCUGGAUCUUCCGCAUCGGCAGAUCAGCCCUGAGACAAAAGAUGACACAGCGACAGACAGCCCAUCGAUGGUGUGCCUGUGAGGUUGUGGGUGUGUGUUGGUGUUGGUGUGUAUGAGUGAGUCCUCACCUGGCCGUUCUGGCUGCGGGUGGAGGGCCGCUGUCGGAGAAGUCUGGGGCAUCGCCGACGAUGAAUGGGGCGGCACCCUGGUGCAUGCCCAAACCCACCUGACCCACAUACAGCGAACAAACAAAGAAAGAAACAAACAUACAAACAUACAAACAUACUACAUACAUACAAACAACACAACCACAGAUGGUCCCCCUCCCGUCUGUCUGCCAUUCAUUGUGACCUCUCCAGCUGCCUACCCCAUCCCACCGCACCCCACCUGCUCCAUCCGCUGCCGCAGCAUGUCAAGCAGGUCGGUCAUUGCACCACCACCGGGCCCGUCGGCCGUGGCCUCCUCUCCUGCCUGUGUCCCCGCCUGCCUCUGCGCCUCCCGUCUGUCCAUCUCGUCCCUCUUGCGCUGCAGCCUCUCCUGCCCCUCAGACACCUCCCUCACGGCUGUUUCCACCCACAGGUCGGCCUCCCUGCGUCGGGGGUCGUCGAGGGGCAGCGUGAACUGGUAGCUGAGCAGCAGAUCCAGGUUGGGAGACCAGUAGGCAGAGGAGAUAUACCGGGUUUGGCAAACCGUGAAGGCACGCUGCGGGACACAGACAGGACGACACACCAAGUGGCGAAUGGCGAUGCGGAAGCGAAUUUGGGUUGCCUGUGUGAUGUACCUUGAUAGUGGCGUGGACUUGGUCUGCGGAGGCGGCUGUAUCGCCCCUCUCCACUGCUUCUGCGAGUGCCUUGACAGCAGAGAUGAAGGUCUUCUUGGCGUUGAGCUUCUGUGUGAGCUCCUGCCAUUUGUCGCACGCAGAUGCGCUACCCACUGUCACUGUCAUCGCGCGGUAGCUGCCUUCUUCC